GAUGAACUUCAACCUUCAAAUGAUUGCUGCGCAGUCAUGAAAAUUGGUAAUAUCGUCCCAUGCAUCUGCGAAAAACCACCCCCUAAAUUUGAAAUUAUUGUGAACAUGGAGAAAUUUGUGCAUGUAGCUACAACUUGUGGAUCUCAAACUCCUCCACCAGGACAAAAAUGUGGAAGUUAUACUAUUCCUUCACCUGUUCAACCUUCUCCUUCGACCCCAGUUCCUCCAUCUCCACCUGUUCAACCUUCUCCUCCUGCACCAGUUCGUCCAUCUCCACCUAUUCCUCGUUCUCCUGUUCCGCGCCCUCCUCGCCGUUCUCCUCCACCUCUUCGUCGUUCUCCUCCGUUGCCAUGAACAACAGUAUUCAAGACGCACAACUUCAUCUAUUACCUAGGAGGGAUCCAUUUCUAUAUAAUGAAUAAAUAGCUUAAUAAUACAUGUUGUGCGUCUAUUUAAUUUAAUAAUACA